CUUCAACUCCCCUGUGAUUAACUGUAAACCUUAGUUGCUUUGAGUGCUCCAGUUAGUUUUGCGUGGUUCUGAUUACGUGCACAAUGCCACUGGAUUUAGAAAUAUUCAACCAACUAAAAGAGUUAUUGCAAAACAAUACGUCAACCACAUUCAAAGUCAUCGGGAAUGCUAUGCUGUUUUUAUUCCUUUAUGGAUUGGAAGAGCUUCUUGAAAAAGAUAUUGCGUGCCCGUGUACGUCAAGUUUGGCGAAUAUCACCUACACUGUGCUAUUUUUUGUUUUCCCUUCAGUAUUGUUGUUUUUGAUUCGUCUAAUGCUGCAAUUUGUUUCAUAUCAAUGGCAUCGUCUUUGUAAUAACUGUGCUGCGCGUAGGCCAAUACAGCGAAAAAGCUUGAUGCAAAUCGCCAACUCAAAGCCGCGCUGUAAGGAAUGCUAUUUUCUGAGGGUCUGGAUGUUGUUUCGACUAUGCGUUCCAUCAGUAAUAUGGAUGGCCGUAUUGUUUUUGGAUGGUGAUUACUAUGCCUGUGCAUGGCAGGAAAGUGAGAAUUAUACGGUCUGCGCCGAAUUCAAUUGUAAUAAAAUUUCUAUUCGUCUUCGAUCUGACACACAUCUUUGCCAUGAUUCGCGGCUCAUCGGUGCAGUUACACUUUUCAUAUUCUUGAUCGUCUUGAUAACCUUCAACUGUCUUCAUCAUUGUGGCCAGGAGAAAUAUUGCAAAAUAUAUGAAGACCUUUAUGCAGAACAUGAACAAAAGAUGAUUAUGAGUAAACUGAAAGAAGAAGCAGCUAAACAGGCUGAAGAAGGCUUUGAAGAAAAGUGGAAUAGCAAGCAUAUUUUCUCUCAUUUAAAGACUAAACAAAAUACUUCUGGAGCUGAAAUGUCCAACGUGUGAACAACAAUUCAAUCAUGAGAGGAGAUCAAAACUCCCCAACGUGCAGCAGAAGGACCGACUUGUUCCCAUUUAGCAGAUGCACAACCAAGAUGUUCCUCCAUGAACUAAUAUCCACUGAUGCCCCUUAGGAAAGAAAAUCGGCUGUCCUUACCUGGUCCGGCCUACAUGUGACUCCAGACCCACAGCAAUUGUGGUUGACUCAUAACUGCCCUCUGAAAUGUUCAGCUCAAGAGAGCAAUUAGGGAUGAGCAACAAAUGCAGGCUUUGCCAGAGAUGCCCACAUCCCAUGAAAGAAUAAAGAAAAGUUUAAAAAAAACAAAUUCACUACCCUCACCCCCCACCCCCCUCCAUUGGCCCUCCAGAAUUGCCAGAAAU